AUUUCUCUUUUUUUUUCUCUCUCUAUUUCAAAUUAUAUGCUGGGCAGAAAAAGAAGUCGAGUAGACCAAGAAGAACACAGUCAUGAAGAAAGACGUAUUGCACCCAGAGACUACAACUUUAAUUUUAUACCAACACUUCAACCAAAGCAAAAUAAACAUACACCGAGUGUUUCUACACUCACACAACGCUUCAAAUCAAGGUUAAACGAAUACAAGCCGACUAAACCACCCACCACAGCAAUAGCCCCUGAACCUGCUUUUAUAAAGCACCAAUUAAUUUCAUACACUAUUCUUAUUUACAUGCAAACUAUAUUUAAUGUGGUUGUUUCUAUGACUGUGUUGUACAUCUUUGGCAAAAUUAUGUUUGCCAUUAAACAAGACUUUCGUCUCAAGACACAAGAACAUAUCAAUGUGCUACAUAAAGAACGAUUGGCAUGCACCAAUCAUUAUUUUAUUAACCAUUGUCAAGAUGAUCAUCGAAUUCCUGCUAUUGAAGAUAUGUGUAAUACAUGGGAGGCUUGCAUGAAUCGAGAUAUUGUUGUAGCUCAGUAA